UUAAAUCUGGAACUCGAUCCUCCAUCUUGCGUAGUUGUGAUACUUUAAGCGCGAGGACAAGAUGGAGAACACGCUUUUCGAGAAUGUUAAGAAGCUUUACGAUCACAAACGCUACGAGUCCGUGAUUCCAUUGGCCAAAUUGCUAAGGACGGCGAUGAAGAAUGAUCGCAAUGUAGCCACUCUGGAGAUGGAGUACCAGGUGCAGCUGUACCUUAGCAUAUCCGAGUACAAACAACGCCAAUUUCGAGCCUCGCUGCGACACUUAAGAACCUGAUCCACCAGCGAAAAUUGAUGGUGCGCCACAAAAACGCCUGUUUGUUGGCCAUCGAGAGCGCCUAUCCGGAGUUUGGGGACAUCGAAGUGCGUCGCGGAGGGGCCGAGUGUUAUCGUUAAAUCGGUAACCCCGGAAUGGCCACAGCCACCUUGCUGCAGAUUCCGGUCAAGUUGCGUACGCCGAGGGUCAACCUGAUGCUGGCCAGACUGCAGCAUCCAGGCAAUGGCAAUGGAUCGGGGUGCGCCAACAAGGCGGCAGCCCUGUUUGCCUACAUAGAGGUCGUCCGCGAGUGUCCCAUGGCCCUCCAGGUGAUCGAGGAGCUUCUCGAGCUGAAAGCUGAUGGCAACGAGGUCAACUCGCUGGUGCUGCACGGUAAUACUCUUAGCUGAGACUACCACCUGACUUGGCCUUAAAUAUUUGUGUUCUAAAAUUCAAAUAUAGGCCUUAUUCCAUAACUAAUCUGUUCCCUAACUAUGUGUCAUCUUAAAAUGUUUCUUGGUCAUCUCACCAUUUUCCCUAUUAGCUGCCACUCCUUGAAUCCUCAUCACCGGCAGCCAGGUCAGGUCAAGAUGGCGACGGCGAUGGAGCUGUUUGGCACGAUGUUGAUACGGAUAUCAAUUAUGAUGGUCAUUGAGUAGGGCCACUUAAGUCGAAGAUCUCUUACGUUUUUAUUUAUGUCAAUUGUUCUAAUAAGCAAUCAAGUUUGUUACUAAAUUAUGAAGUGUAGUUUAAGUAUUAUUUGCCUUUUGUUUGAAAAGAAUGUUAUGUCGAGGUACAAUAAAUAUGAAUACUGAAAAA